AUGUCUGCUUCAUCAUACAAUGAAUUUAUUCCUCAUGAAGUUCAACAACAUAUUUCAAUACCAAGUGUUAAACGAAAAUUUAUUAAUAAUUAUGCAUUAAAAACUGACGAUCAUACGAUACAUGUUUUACAAUGGAAUAUUCUUGCUCAAGCCUUAUCAUAUUCUGAAGGUAAUUUUGUUCGUGUUACAAAUGAAACUGUAGCAUAUGAAACUCGCAAAUGGCGAAUACUUGAACAAAUACUUAUUCAUCAACCAGAUUUAUGUUCAUUACAAGAAAUGGAUAUAUAUGAUUGUUUUCUUAAAGAACAAUUAGCUAAAUAUGGAUAUAUCUGUUAUUUCACUCCAAAGCCAAAUUCAAGAUGUUUGUCAUUCGAAGACGAUCUAGAAAAUUUUAAAGGUCCAGACGGUGUCCUACUUUGUUAUAAAAAAAACGUAUUUAAAGAAAUUAAUCGAAGUAAUUCAGAUUUACCAAAUGAUGGUCGAUAUGGACGACAGGUAUUUUCAAUUCUUGAAUUAGAACAUAUACCAUCAUCAUCUCUAGUAGUAUUUAUUGGUACACAUUUUAAAGCUAAAAAACAAUUUGCUUUAUCUCGAAUAAAUCAAACAAAUGCAUUAGUUGAUUUUGUAAAUAAAAAAUAUACAAAAAAGACAAAUAUUAUUGUAGCUGGAGAUUUUAAUGGUGAAAUUGAUGAACCGUUUUAUGAGAUUUUAUUAAAAGCUGGUUUUAAUAGUGCAUAUCGAGUUUUAAUGAAUAAUCAUGAACCACCAUAUACAACUUGGAAAUUUAAAUCACGAGAAGAAACAUAUGAAAAAGAAGAAAGUCAAACAAUUGAUUAUAUUUUUUACCGAUCAGAGAGUUUAGUUCCUAUUGCCUAUUUAGAAGUACCAACUAAAACUGAUAUUGGUCCGAAUGGUCUUCCAUCAGCCAAUUAUCCCUCUGAUCAUUUAGCUCUUCAAACAAUAUUUCUUGUUCGAUCGUAG